AUGAUCCACAGCCAUUGGCAGGUGACGAAGGAGCAUACCGAUUACGCGCACUACCGGCGGUACCUGGAGACGGUGGCCGGAGCGCGGUUCGACAGUCUAGCGGCCUUCAAACCGUACAUCGACGAUACAACGUUGGCCAAUGUAAGUGUGGUCGAGUUGGUGCGCCAACUGCACCUACCACUGACACCACCGUGGAAGACUUUCGUGCCGGUGAUGACGGAGGCGGGCAUUUGCUACUCAUCGUCCGCGCUCUAUCGCUUCCAGAGCCCUGAAGACGUGAAUAUGACCACAACGAACUACACCAGAGAACGGAAUGCCGAUUGCUACACGCUGGAUGUGUGCCGAACGAUGGUGGCCAUUCCGAAUACCGACGCCGUACGGAACCGCGUAUACAUUCACAUCGAGCAGGACGUCAUGACGGGUGAUACGCCGAUCAGCUACGAGGUGGGAGAACACGACAUCGUCAGUUCGGUGCUGUCGGUCGAGCAGAUUGUGGCCUCCAAGGCCUUGAAGCAACUGCAGCGCCGACGCCGCAAGUGUCGUCUGCCAACGGAGGCUCUCCCGUACUUCAGCGUUUACACCAUCAAUUUAUGUCGGAUAAACUGCCGGAUCGAAGCGGCCCUUCGCCUGUGCCACUGUGUUCCCUUCUUCUACAACGUCGGAAAACCUGCGUGCAGACCGGCCGGGUUGUACUGUCUGGCGAUUAACUUCGAGCGCUGGUACACGUCGGCCACCAACUGUAGCUGUAUGCCACUGUGUGAGUCCGUCACCUACCAGCAGGUGUCGGUUAGGAGAAAGGUGGUGGAACAGGCCAACUCGAAGCUCGAAACACUAAUCAUCUACCCCCGGAUGCGAAUGAAGCGUGACGUUCUUUUCGACAUCAGUAAUUUGAUCGUUUCGCUUGGUGGCUGUGCGGCGCUGUUUCUUGGCUGUAGCUUUAUCAGCUUCGUCGAAAUUGUAUACUUUGUGCUGGAGUACGUGUUCAAGCGUGUGCACGCCAUUUGGUUGCAACAGCGACAAGGAAGGACAUGA